AUAUUGUUUUGGUUUGAGUUCGUAUGUGGUCAGCCUAAACUACUGAAUAAUUUAUAUAUUUAUAUUAUUCUUCUAGAUUGUCAUGGUGCUUAGAGGUUGAUUUUGUUUAUAAUUAUUUCAUUAAAUUGAGCCCAUCAAAGAAUAAAUCUAAAAGGCAAAAUGAACAGAAUAAUUUUGAAUCACUGCCGGUGUUUAAAAAAAUCGACUUUACAAUGGGAGAGCAGGCAGUAUCAAAACUUUCCAUACAUAACACUGUCAAGGUCAUUGUCCUAUUACACAACACAACCCAUCGGGUUGCAGUAUGAUAUUAGUCAGAAACCUUUCAACACAAGAGUAUUUUAUCAUCCUUAUAUAAGAACAAUAUCUACCAGUAAGUGUUACUAUGAGAAAGAGCCUUUGAAACCAUCUUCAAAGGUAGAAGUGACAGUUGAAAAUAUCAAAAAGGGUAUAGAGGAGAAGGAGAAACUCCCAAAGAAAGAGGAAGUUAAAAAGAGUUUGAAGGAGAGGAUAAUGGCAGAAUUGCGUCAUUAUUACCAUGGUUUCAGGCUAUUGUUCAUUGAAGUUAGAAUAUCUUCAUCUUUAGUAUUUAAGAUCCUCAAAGGCCAGUCCCUGACACGUAGAGAGCACCGACUUCUAGUAACCACUGUUGGUGAUCUCUUUAGAAUGGUGCCAUUUAUCAUAUUCAUUGUUGUACCAUUUUUGGAAUUUGCUUUGCCUUUGUUUAUAAAACUGUUUCCAAACAUGUUGCCAUCAACAUUUGAAAGCCGAAGUCAAAAAGAAGCUAAGCUUAAACAGCACCUGAAAGUUAAAUUGGAAAUGGCGAAGUUUUUCCAGGAAACACUAGACCAGAUGGCCCCUCAGGCCAGUAACAGACAUUCUGAAUUAGCUAAAGAGUUUUCCAGUUUCUUCAAUAGAAUAAGGACUUCAGGUGACGUGGCCACUAGUGAAGAAAUUAUGAAGUUCUCCAAACUUUUCGAAGAUGAAAUAACUUUGGACUCACUCCAACGACCACAUUUGGUUGCUCUGUGUAAAGUUUUGAAUGUUUCUACGAUUGGUACAAGUGCUAUGUUACGAUUUAAUUUGAGGAUGAAGUUGAGGUCUUUAGCUGCGGACGACAAGAUGAUAGCCAAGGAAGGUGUGGACAGUUUGAACUUCAGUGAGUUACAGCAAGCGUGCCGAGCGAGGGGCAUGAGAGCGUAUGGAGUUUCAGAAGAGAGGUUAAGAAAAGAACUUAGAAAUUGGUUGGAUUUGUCUUUGAAUGAGAAAGUACCACCGUCUUUACUGCUGUUGUCCAGAGCGCUGAUGGUUCCGGAGCAUGUACCCACAACCUACAAACUUAAGGCUACUAUAUCAGCAUUGCCAGAACAGGUGGCCACACAGACAAGAGCUGCAAUUGGCGAGAAAGAAGGCAAAGUUGAUUUCAAGGCUAAAGUUGAUGCUAUCAAACUUGAAGAACAGAAGAUCAAGGAAGAGAAGAAAGAAUUACAAGAAGCUGAAAGGGAGAAGGAGAUCCUCGAAGCCAAAAAACGAGAGAAGGAAGAACUCAAAGACAAAGCACCAGUUAUUGAUGAAGUCAGUACCCCAGUUAUGGUAGACCCUGCGCCAGUUAUUGCAGUGGAUUCAGUGAAGCCAAAAACAGAGGAAGGCCUGUCUGGCAAAGAUAUUGAAGUGAUUGAAGAUGCUCUAGAAAAAUUAGCUGAACAGAAGAAGUCUCUGCUUCUCGAGAAAGAGAGUAUUCAGGAGCUCAAGACAGAGUUGCUGGAUUAUAACGAGGAUGUGAAGGAGAUGGAUGAGAUCGUGAAAGCCAAGCAGGCGGACAUCAAACUCACUAAGGGUGCUAGAAGAUUAUACCGUGCCGUGAACAACAUGAUAAGCAAGUUAGACGCUACACUGAUUGAGCUGGAAAAGAAGGAAGAAGCCUUGAAGACAACGUUGGAGCAAACGAAAUCUGAACCGCAGAAAGCUAAAGAGCAAUUGAUACAGAUUGACGAAUUGAUGCAUUCCAUUAAAAGUCUACAGAAGGUUCCCGAUGAAGCAAAACUGAAGCUUAUUCAGGAUGUGUUGGGAAGAUUGGACGAUGAUUUUGAUGGGCAGUUGAAGAUUGAUGAUGUUUUGAAGAUGCUAGAAAUAAUAGGCAACGAAAACGUAAACCUGUCCGAGAAGCAGAUGGCUGAGCUGAUCGAACUCCUGGACAAGGAGGAGAUCCUGGAGGUUGAGUCCAAGAUACAGAAGGCGCUGGACAAAGCCGCCAUCGCCGCCAAGGAACAAGACAAGUCUGAAUCUGAAGGAAAGGGUCUAUACGAUCUGAUCCGAGAAGCGCAGAAGCGUAGAGAAAUGAAGAGGGCAGUGGAGAAAUUUGGAGACCAACAAACCAGCAUGCCCAAGAGUGAAGACAUCGUGACCAAGUCGGAGACACCUAAACGACCAGAGAGCCAAUAGAAACACCAUUUUAGUGUUUCGGAUACAGUGAUAUUUUUUUUCUAGUGAAUUAUGUAAAUAUGACUGUCAGUGAGGUUAUGCUUUCUAGCUGGUCUGUGGUUUGUUGGGAUAUCGUUUAUUGAGGGUAUUUGACUGUUUUUUUGUCUGUGGAAUAAUGUACUUAUUACCCUAUGUGUUUAUUAUUUAUUUUUGCAUUUUUUUCCGAAAUUCCAUUUGUCUGCUUACAUUUGAGAAGUAUUAAAAAGUUGUUAUGGAUAUAUGUUUUUUUUUAUGUUAUUCGAGACAGCAAAAUGAUUAUUGUAUCAAAUAUUCAUUCAAAGUCAUUAACAACUACUAAUUAAGUUUUUAAACCAUUUUUUUAUUUUUUUUUAAAUAAUGCCUGCAUAGACAUUUUUAACUUUUAAUAUUGUUUACCGAGGCAAAGAUCCAUAGGUGUAAUGCUUUAACUUUUAAACAAACUACUAAAAAAUAAUAUUAUUGUGGCUUACCUGUUCCAUUAACGCGCUGUAAUGCAGUAUUUUUUUCAUUUUAUUAUUUUUUGUGCCUUUUUGUUUACAACUGUACAUUUCACAAAAGUUAGUACAUCAAAGAAUUUUCUGUAAUAAUUGUGUAAUAAAUGCUGAUAAUUUAUAAUCAAGAAUAUUAAUAGUCAAAUACCUUGCAAUAAACAAAUGCUUAGAAAUAUUUAUGAAAGGUGUAUCCCAUCGAUAGGGGCGCGACAUUAACAUAGAACAAUUGUUUUAUGUGUUACCUUGUGACAAUAAGCAUUUUUGUAUUAAAAAUACGAGAGUACACUUAAUCUUAAACUCUUAAUAUGUAUAUAUCAAUAUAUUUAAAAAAAAAUAUAUGAUUCCACGCCGUACAAAGUUAUAUUUAAUUUUGUUUAUUAUUUAUGUUUACUUAUCCAUUGUUCAGAGUUUAUUUUUAUUAUUUAUUGCACGCAUUUCUGUGAUCGCUUUUCAGUUUAUACGGACCAAUUAGUGGCUUACUUGGUGAAUGGCACAUUUAGACGAUUCAAUUGAAUAUGAAUGAUGUAUAUAUCGAAAAAUACCACGUUAAAUUGUAAUCAGUAUUUUCAGUUCACAAUAUGACGGCAGAUUAUAAUAUCACGAGUGACAUGUACAUUGUGAUUGUAAUGCAGAAUAGUAUGCGCCUAACUUCAAGUCUGAAAUUUGAUAGCUCUGAAAUUGCGACAUCCCAAACUACGCAGAUGUUAUAACUAAUGCCUGGCCGCUCAGAGAUUGCGUUACUGACAGGUGGUUAUCGAAUGGGCGAUGUAACUCCGAACUAGCGUACAAGGUUGUUGAACUGCGCUGUUUCAAGGUUAUGCCAACUGUUUGUAUUUGUAGUGAUGAGACAAAAAACGGGGCAAUUGUAGUUGAAUAUGUUUGUCCCAUUCGAUCAUUUAAAAAUUCUACUUUGAAGAAAUUGCGAUAUUGAAUUGUCUAAAUGCACCAGUUAUUGUGAUUCAAUAGAAAUUCAUACAUGGUAAAAUGGGACCAUUUGACCAUCUGUUUCAGUAUAUACAGGAAUAAUUACUGACUUGUAACACUUCAUCAUUGUCAGCACUCUGCAUCUUAUUUGUCAGCAAAUUCAUUUCAAGUCAGUCUAUUACUGUGUAUGAAUUUUGAUAUGAUGAACAAAGAAUAUUAUCUGACCAUAAACAUUUUCCUGGUGAAAACUCUAUAAUUUAUGGUCAGCUCAUAUCAUCCGUAUGGCCAGUUCAGUUUGUCAGCAUUGUGAUUUUUAAAUCAAUCACAAUUCUGUAAUGUGAUUUUGAGGAUCCCAAGAUUUUGUUUUAUGAAAGCCUUCGGAUUGUUCAGUGUGGAUGCACUUAAGUUUAUUUUAAUUUACUUUUAAGUAUUAGCACAAAUUUUAUUGUUUAUGUGUAUUGUGUUUACUUAUUCCGUUAUUUUUUGUUUCACUUUAUUGUUUAAAAAUGUACAUAACAUAAAUGUACAUUCAAAAUAUAUGUAUUUAAUUUACUUUUACUCGCUACACAGAUUAAAAAUAUAUUAAACAUAUUUUUAAUCUGUGAUGAAAUAAAAACAGACAAAUAUGUAUAUUUUAUUAUAUUAAUCAGGCGUUAAUGUAACAACAUGUAUUACGUACAAACUGCCAAGAAAGGUACUGAGAUUAUUUCUAAAAACUCUAAGAACUUAAAACUCAUUUCUGGGUUUAAAAAAAAUAACAUUAACAUCUCUUACCUCAGUUAAAAAAUACCCCAUGUAAUCGAUUUGUGGACAUACCUACAAAAGGUUUUUAUUAUCAUGGUCACUGUACACAUGGCAAUUUAAACGAAAUAUAUAUGAAAACAAAAUUAGUUGUAGUGACACAACAAAAUUACAAAUUGAUAAUAUAUUUGGCAUGAAAAUUAUAUAAUACCUAUUAUGUAUAUAUACAAUAUAUAUACAUAUUUAUUUUUAUGGGCUUUGUAACAUUUCAUGGUCACUUAAAGCAUUUGGCAUGAAAAUUAUUUAACACCUAUUAUGUAUAUAUACAAUAUAUAUACAUAUUUAUUUUUAUGGGCUUUGUAACAUUUCAUGGUCACUUAAAGCGAUGUAUAGUUAUUUUUUUUUAUUAAAUAAUUAGAAUGUUCUGACAAACUGUAAAGUUUUAAGGUAAUACAAAUGUCGUAUACACGAUUAA